AUGGCGUCUGAAAAGAAGACCACGAAACCCGAUGCACUAAAGGGCAAGGAAGAGCAGCAAGCGAGCGCUGUUAACAGGGUGACCAGCUUGCCCCUGCUGAACUCCGCCUUCAGCCUGGUCUCCUCUGCCUACAACCACGGCAAGGAGACGCACCCGUGCCUGGGCAGCGCCUGCAGCGUGGCCGAGACGGUGGCCGCCGUCGCGGUGGGCAGCGUGGUGGGCGGCGCGCAGCCCCUCCUCAACCAGCUGGAGCCSCAGAUUGCACUCGUAAAUGAAUACGCCUGUAAGGGACUGGAUCAACUGGAGGAGAACCUGCCUUUUCUUCAACAGCCAGCAGAUAAGAUCAUCUCGGACACCAAGCAGCUGGUUUCUUCCAAAGUGGUAUCUGCCAUGGAUGCUGCCUGUGAGGCGAAGGAAGCGAUGGCUGACAGAGUGACGGAAGCCGUGGACCUCACUAAGAACGUUGUUGGGGACGGCGUUAAGCUGACCAGGUCAAUGGUCACCUCCACUGUCACCAGUGCUAUGGAGGCUGCUCAGGGUGCAAAGGACCUCGUGACCAACAGGGUGACCGAAGCAGUGGACCUCAGUAAACACAUUGUGGAGGACACCAGGUCAGCAGUUGCUUCUACCAUCGUCAGUGCUGUGGAAGCUGCUCAGGGUGCAAAAGACCUUCUGUCCAACAAGGUGACCGAAGCAGUGGACCUCACUAAACACAUCGUGGAGGACAGUGUGGGACUGACCAGGUCAGCAGUAGCUUCCACUAUAGUCAAUGCUGUGGAGGCAGCUCAGGGUGCAAAGGACCUUGUCACUAACAAGGUGACCGAAGCGGUGGACCUCACUAAACACAUCGUGGAGGACAGCGUUGGGCUGACCAAGUCAGCAGUUGCUUCUACUAUUACUGCUGCUGUAGGGGCUGCUCAGGGUGCAAAGGACCUUGUGACGAACAAGGUGACCGAAGCGGUGGAUCUAACCAAAGAGGCUGUUCAGGAUGGCGUUGAGAAGACUAAAUCAAUGGUCACUUCCACRGUCAAUACAGCUCUGGAUGCUGCCRUGGGCCAGGCCAUGGCAGGCGGUGUGGAGUCUGUGCUGGGCAUAUCGGAAGAGCUGGUGGAUCAUUGGCUGCCCAUGACAGAGGAGGAACUGGGUGAACUGGCCACCGCCGUGGAGGGCUUUGACAUGGCCUCAGUGGAGGAGCAGAGGGAGCAGCAGAGCUACUUCGUGCGCCUGGGCUCCCUGUCCAGCAAGGUCCGCCACCGGGCCUACCGGCACUCCCUCGCCAAGCUGCAGCUCGCCCGGCGCGGYGCCCAGGACACCCUCUCCCAGCUGCAGCUGGCCAUAAACCUGAUUGAAUGUGUGAAAAAGGAGGUUGGCCAGAAGCUGCUGGAUGGACAGGAGAAACUCUAUCAGCUGUGGGUAGACUGGAGCCUGACCCAGCCCAAGGGCCAUCAGAUCAAAACUGCCUCRCAAGCAGAGCAGGUGGAGUCACGGACCUUGGCCAUGCUGCGCAUCAUCACCCAGCAGCUCCAUCCCGCCUACGAGAACCUGAAAGCCAACAUCCUCGGGCUGCCCAGCAACAUCCAAGAGGCCGUGCAUCACGCCACCCGCAACAUCCAGAAGCUCCACGCUUCUUUCUCCAGGGCUAAGUCCUUCCAGGACCUCUCCAGCAGCACCUUGACGCAGAGCCAGGACACUGUGCGGGAAGCCCGGAGGUCCCUGGAUGAGCUGCUGGAAUACGUAACCCAGAACACGCCUCUCAACUGGCUCGUGGGCCCCUUCCGGGCAUCAGCCAAAGCAUCGCAGGGCACCGACAAGGAGAGGAAAUGUAGGCUGGUGACUGACCCGCACCCGGCUGCUCUGGCACGGGCUCCAUCCCCACAGGAACCAAAGGGAGCAGAAGGGGUGCUAGGGGUAGGGUCACAGGUGCUAGAGGAGUUGGAGGAGAAGGUAGAGAAAUACACAGAAAAGGUAACCAAAUCAGCAACUAKCGCACCAAAGGAGGACCUCUGA